GAGUGGAGGAGGAGCCGCGGCCGCCGCCAUGCGGAGAGACAGGGAAAGAGAGAGGGAGGGAGGCAGCGGGGGAGCGGGCGGGCGAGCGAGGGAGGGGGUAGGGGAGUCGAGUUAGUUCAGCUCCGGCGGCGACUUCGGCGGCUCGGUGAGAGCGGGCAGCGGCGGAGAUUGAAGUGAGUAAUUCAGAUACAGCUCAACUUUGAUAGAGGACUUUUUAAAAAUAAAAAGUUGGUUUUGGUGCAUGAGAGCAAGUUACUGCUGCUUACGGUUCAGAGACUUACAGGUGCUUGCCUGCAUUGCAAUAAAGGACUCAUAUAUUGAGCAAGACUUAUAUUUAUCUCUUCGUUUUGGAGAGCCUAAUAAACUGUUAUUACAGUUUCUCUACUGACUUUCAAAAGUUUUGAAGUUUGAAAGAGACAUCUUUACAAUUAACACAGCAUGAGCACGGCCAGAACAGAGAACCCUGUUAUAAUGGGUCUAUCCAGUCAAAAUGGUCAACUGAGGGGCCCUGUGAAGCCCAGUGGUGGCCCCGGAGGAGGGGGAACACAGACACAGCAACAGAUGAACCAGCUGAAAAACACCAACACAAUCAAUAAUGGCACUCAACAGCAAGCACAGAGUAUGACCACCGCUAUUAAACCUGGUGAUGACUGGAAAAAGACUUUAAAACUCCCUCCAAAGGAUCUAAGAAUCAAAACUUCGGAUGUGACCUCCACAAAAGGAAAUGAAUUUGAAGAUUACUGUUUGAAACGGGAGUUACUAAUGGGAAUUUUUGAAAUGGGCUGGGAAAAGCCAUCUCCUAUUCAGGAGGAGAGCAUUCCCAUUGCUUUAUCUGGUAGGGAUAUCUUAGCUAGAGCAAAAAAUGGAACAGGCAAGAGCGGUGCCUACCUCAUUCCCUUACUUGAACGGCUAGACCUGAAGAAGGACAAUAUACAAGCAAUGGUGAUUGUUCCCACUAGAGAACUUGCUCUACAGGUCAGUCAAAUUUGCAUCCAGGUCAGCAAACACAUGGGAGGGGCCAAAGUGAUGGCAACUACAGGAGGAACCAAUUUACGGGAUGACAUAAUGAGGCUUGAUGACACAGUGCAUGUGGUGAUAGCUACCCCUGGGAGAAUCCUGGAUCUUAUCAAGAAAGGAGUAGCAAAGGUUGAUCAUGUCCAGAUGAUAGUAUUGGAUGAGGCGGAUAAGUUGCUGUCACAGGAUUUUGUACAGAUAAUGGAGGACAUUAUUCUCACGCUACCUAAAAACAGGCAGAUUUUACUAUAUUCCGCUACUUUCCCUCUUAGUGUACAGAAGUUCAUGAAUUCCCAUUUGCAAAAACCCUAUGAGAUUAACCUGAUGGAGGAACUAACUCUGAAGGGAGUAACCCAGUACUACGCAUAUGUAACUGAGCGCCAAAAAGUACACUGCCUCAACACACUUUUUUCCAGGCUUCAGAUAAACCAGUCGAUCAUUUUCUGCAACUCCUCUCAGCGAGUUGAAUUGCUAGCCAAGAAGAUUUCCCAACUGGGUUAUUCUUGCUUCUAUAUCCAUGCUAAAAUGAGGCAGGAACAUCGAAAUCGUGUAUUUCAUGAUUUCCGAAAUGGCUUAUGCCGAAAUCUUGUUUGCACUGAUCUGUUUACCCGAGGUAUUGAUAUACAAGCUGUGAAUGUGGUGAUAAACUUUGACUUCCCAAAGCUGGCAGAGACCUAUCUCCAUCGAAUUGGAAGAUCAGGUCGCUUUGGUCACCUUGGCUUAGCCAUCAACUUGAUCACAUAUGAUGAUCGCUUCAACCUGAAAAGUAUUGAGGAGCAGCUGGGAACAGAAAUUAAACCUAUCCCAAGCAACAUUGACAAGAGCCUGUACGUGGCAGAAUACCACAGCGAGCCUGUAGAAGAUGAGAAACCUUAACAAGCAUGCUUUGAAAACUACAGAAGGCCCGCUUGGAUCUGUGACACGUUGUUUUGGGGGGAAUGCUCUUCUCUUUGUGGGUUUUUCAUCUUAUUUUAGAACUAUGAAGACUAAAAAAGAGCUCUGACUUUUUUUUUAUUUUUUUAUUUUUUUGUCUUUUUUUAACUGGUGAAGAGAGAAAAGCUGAAAAGAAGGAAUAUACCUUUUUUGUUCCACUUGUUUGCACUGUGUGCUGACUGAACAUUAGUUGCACUAACUGCUGGUUUAAAAAAAUUUUUUCUGGGGGAGGGGGACAAGGAAGGAGGAGAAAGAAGAGAAGGGGAGAAACCCUGAAAAGAGAAGAAUCUUGAUGAACACACAAGCUUGUCUACAGUUUCAAAAUUCUCCAACAGCUGACUUCCAAGUGCAUUUCAACUUCUCCCUGAUUACUCAUCCGUUUUUUAAGCCUGAAGAGCUUAUUACUUAUUUGUGCGAAGUGCCUUAUGCUAUGAGACCAUUCAGAGUAUCAUCUUUCAGACACAGCCCAAGGAAUCAACAAUAGUAAUUCUUUCUUUCCUUUUUUCUUUUUAAUUUUUGUCUUUUCAUUUUGGUUUCAAGUUGAAGUCUCUCUCUUCCCUUUCUACAUGAGUACUGAAGCCCAGGGCUGGAAGAUGAAACAUACUAGUAAUGUUGAACACCUUUUCUUUUUCUUUACGUGGAGGAGUUGAUAUGCAGCUGCAGAUCAUCCGCACUGUAAAUACAUGUAUUUAAAAAAAAAAAAUCCCAAGUAAAAAUUUCUUCUGGGCUGCGUAGAUACAACAUUAUCGCUCCCAAAGGAAAGAGCAGUCUAUCAUUGCAGGAGCCAUAUGACAAGCCUUUGUGCUCUAUAGCAGAACACUAAAGACUGGUUUACAUACGCCUCCAUUAGCAGUUAUGGCACUUGAUGUGUAGACAUGUCAGAGCGUUGACCCUCUUUCCUCUGUGGCAAAGCGUGUCCCAUAGAAAAAAUUGAGUGUGUAUACUUGUAUAAACUUUGUAAAUAAGUUUUUUUUCUGGGUUCAUAUAUAUAUAUAUACAUAUAUUUUUUUUUUUUUCUUGGAUGAAGGUUGCUGGGAUUAAGGGGAUUAGAGUGAUUAUGGGAGCAGCUAAAGAUGAGAGGGGCUCAGUUUUCCGCAACACUAAAUUCUAAAAGUACUUUGGCCUUUUGCUGUAGAGAGCAGACCUCUACGGGGAUUUUGUAUUGGAAAAGGGACCCAGAAGUCUGGGAUUCAAUGUUUGCUGCCACACUGUUUCAUCUAGUACCUUCGGAGGAGGCCUACCAGAGAGAGCAAGGGAGCUUCAAAAAUCUAUAAUUCAAGAUGUUAUUUUGAGAAGCUGAUUUUGCUCCUUCCCUUUUUUUAAAAUUUGAAAAACUUCUCAAGCUCUGCAAAAGGGGGCAAAGUUAACCUUCCUUGCAAUGUGGGGAUUCUGUUGGGUGACACGUAUAUGUAUAAAGCAUGGAUUUGCAUUUCAGAAUAUUAGCCAGUACCAGCUGUGGUAACAUCAGCAGUUCUGGAGCUAACUCUCUGUGGAUCAUUUCCUGUAGUGUGUAAAUGUGUUGCCCUCUGCCGACCUUGAUACGUCAACUCUUGCGGGAAUGGGCAACCUGAGAGCUGUUAACUUGAACGCUACAGAAAGCUGCUUGCCAUCCUCCUUGUGACAAGACGUUGCCUGUCAUUUCGCAUUGUAAAUUGCUGGCAAAUGCUUUACAGUCAAUAGUGUUGCUUUAAAUUGUGCCCCUCCCAACAUGCUUGAUGUUUGGCCUGAUCUCCAGGCAAAAGGAGUGAGAUGAAUCAACCAGUGAACUUUUUUUUUUUUAAAUGUUUUUAAUUUCCUUUUAACCCAGUGUACUAGGUCAAUCAGGAGGCAUCUAGAAGAAAAAAAGGAAAAAACAAACUUAAAAUUUUUUUUUAUUUUCAUAUUCCAUUGUUUUUCAAAACCUUAAAAUACUACAUGGUAAGUCCUGCAUAUGCUUUCAUGCUUAAUUCAUCUGGAUAAAGACAUAAAUUAUUUGAAGUUGCUUUUUCACUCUGCCUAGUUCUAAGUGAAACUAUUUGUGACUCAUCCAGAAUUCCUUAAGGAUCAAAAUCCUGCAGAUGCCUCCUGAUUAGACAUAGCCCUAAUUCUUUACCAACUGUAGCAAGAGCUGCACAGUACAAACUCAAAAAAGAGCAAGUUGAUUUAUUUGGAAUCCAAGCCCCGUAUGUGCUAUCCAGUCAAUGUUGGUUACCAAAUGCAAACCCUAAUUAAGGAAGUAACUUUUUUCCAAGAAGGGGUGGGGGGAGGGAAUUUAAAAGGCAUCAGGUUUUGACCAAAAAGUCUUGCCGUUGUACUGAUGCAGCUCUUUUCCCUUCAUCUCUGGGGAGAUAAGAGGGAUCUUUCAUUAUAAAAGAAAAACAAGAUAUGUAAUUUUGUAUCUCGCUGGAGAGUGUGUGGGUGACUAAACAGCACAGUCUCCUUUGUCAGCCUUGGACUGUGCUCUGCCUGGUGCCACAUGCCUGUGGGUCCCUCUUAAAGCACAGACUUAAAAUGGAAGGUAUUACUGAAGUAAAGCCUCUGAUGAGGAGUGGCACUUAAACUAUCUGGGGCACCACUAUUGGACAGACACAGUCUUAAUAGAGGCAGCUGUCCAGUUCUGGUGCUUGACCCUUGAAUAGGAAUUGUUAAAUGGAAAGAUGCUCUAAGGACUAGGUCAAAGCCUGGUCUUUUUUUGUUUUGUUUUUUUAAAUCCCACCCUCACAAUGAGGAGCAUUGUUACUAUUGCAAAUUGUUUUCUGGGUUUUUCCCCAAUAUUGGAUUUUUUAAAAGCAAUGCUAAUAUUUUUCCAGUGGUUUAUUUGGAUGAGAACCAGCCCCUAUUUUUAAUAUUUAAACUACGUCCAACUCUUGCUUUGGCCAGUGGUUAUUUCGUUGUGUAAUGGGUUAUGAACUGUUACACACUUAUCACCUCUUGGCUUAUGUUUUGCCUUUCCCCAGAAGUUCCAAUGGGGAAGGAAGGUUUCUUGCCUUUACCUUAAGAAUGGAAUAAAUUGAUUCUAAGAUGAUCUUUUAUGGAAAGAAGUAAGGGAGAGGAAACCUAAAUGUGUCUAAAUUAUUUUCAAGUAAGUUCCAGCAGCAUCAUAUGGGUUGGCCCCAAAAUUUUUUUUUUUUUUCCUGCGGGGGUUGGGGGUGGGUUGGUUAUCAACACUUGUUUUCAGAAUGAGAUGGGAGCAUCUUUCCUUUGCCAUGUGCUUUGUGUGUGAUACCAUCGUGCUUGGGUUAAAACCAGACAACACAAAGCUUUGAGUAAAUUCGUUGGAAUCAAAACAUCUCAUUCUGAUCACUUGGUUUUUUUUUUUUUUUCUUUUUUUUUUUAAGUAGGGGUGGGAGGGGGAGGGUACUGUGCCCCAAAAGGGAGGGUGUCUGCAGUAAGGAUUUAGAAACACUUUGGAAGCUCAUAACCUCAUCAGAAACUGCCUUUAGCCACACUCUUGACCUUACAGAUGAGUAGCAAAAAGAUGAAAUAAGUUCUCCUUUGGAAUUAAGCCCUGUUAUUUUAAUUUGCUACUUUUUCCAAUAUUACAUCUUAAAAGUUGUUACGGAAUCAUUUUCUGGCAAAAUGCCUUUGUCAAGCAAAACUAUUGGCCUCAUGGGACCUGAAGUAAACAGCUUUUUGGUAAAUGUAAAUGGACUUUGGUGAGCUCGGAGUUCUACUUUAUCCUUAAAGGUAUUUUUUUUUAAACUCCCAAAGAAAAUCCACUCUCCUUUCUGAUCUAAAAACUCAUCUUCAGGGUAAAGAGUAAGUGUCCAAAGGGUAUAGCAGUUCAUGAGGUCAGAGGGAGCUAGCCUGGCACCUGGACUCUGCCCCUCCACAGCUGACAGAUUCCAACAGAAGUGUAUUUAAAUUCUCCAGUAGACAAUGCUGGGCAGGGCAAGGGAGGGGGUAGGGUUGGGUUAUUAAGAUACAGGUUACUUGUAUCUUGACCAGUGGUGGUUGGGGAGGGGUUCCUGGAGAAAACAAAGUCACUGUUCCCUUUACUGAAACAAAACAAGCUUGAAAAAAAUUAUUUUUUUGUUCAGUGAAAAUGGGAGAGAAUUCCAAUGUCCCUAGCCACAAGGGACCAGUUCCACUGAGAAGUGAGCAGUGGGAACUCAAAAAUUUGAAAACAUUUGGGGAAGGGGGAAAUUGGCUUUAUGUUAAUUGGCAGAUGUUCCAGUGGGGUUCUGUUUUUUGUUGGGAUGUGUUGUAUGUACACGUAUAUGGACCAGAGUCUUCACUGAGUAUACGGUUCAGAAAAGAUGGUUGGUAAAAUCUCGAUUUUUGUUAAUUUAUCUCAAUAAAAGCCCACUGGAACUCCAAA